AUGAUCGACUUUGAUCCAUUAUUUCUUGGUUCAGUUGGUUUUUUAUUGACGGCAUUAGUGUUAAUUGUUGCUCGAAUAAUAAAAUUGCAUUACGAUGAGAAAAGAGCUCAUCAACGUACCGAAACGAUUUUAGCGAUGGCCGCCGAUGAAGAUAAUCAACGGCGAAUGAGGAACGCGCCUCAGGUGAUUGGUGGAAGACGCCGAGUAGUUACAAGACGGCGAUUUCAUACCGAUGAUGGAGAAGAUAGAAGCUUUGCUAGGCAGCUUGGUGAUCAAGCCACACCAUCAGAUGAAGAAAAUGUACCAACUCAAUCGUUGAAAGUCGAUGAACAUAUCGGAAAGAAAAAAAUGGCUAAAUUACAAGCUAAAGCAGAGAAGAAAGCUCAACGAGAAGCUGAAAUAGCGAAUCGUGAAGAAAAGAAACUUCGUGAAAAAGAAAGAGAAGAACGUAUGAAACAAGAGGAGGAAGCAAGAUUGCAGGAAGAAAAAGCUGAAGAAGAAAAAAAACGAAUAGAGAAAAUGGAACGUGAAAAGCGAGAAGAAGAAGAAUACCAGAAAAUGAAAGCUGAAUUUUGUGUUGAUGAAGAAGGUUUUGAUGAAUUAGAAAGUGAUUUGUCCGAAGAUUUAGUGCAAAAAUUUCUAAAAUAUAUCAAAGAAACCAAGGUAGUUAAUAUGGAUGAGUUGGGUUCACAUUUUAAUCUGAAAACGGAUCAAGCCGUCGAUCGUUUAAAGUAUUUCAUGGAUAGUGGUGAAUUAACAGGAAUUGUAGAUGAUCGCGGAAAGUUUAUCUAUAUUACUCCCGAAGAGCUUCAAGCUGUUGCAAAAUUUAUCAAUCAACGAGGUCGAGUAUCAUUGAAGGAAUUAGCUGAUUAUAGUAACCAAUUAAUUCGCCUGGAGUCAACUUAA